AUGCCUUCCGAUCUAGUUGGCAAGACCGUCAGUCCGUUCCUCAAGGAGCAUAUUCCCGGCCUCUACGCACCCUUUGGCAAAGCAUCGAUGCCUCUAUCUCCUCCUCCUACCAAUGAUACAACUGUAGUUCGAAAGAAGGAUCCCAAUAGCAAGUUCUGUUACCGUCACCGACCCGAUUCAAAAUGCCGGCGUGCAGCUGAUGAGUCCAAGAUGGGCUUUAUCCAAAGUGAACUAAACAGUCUAUCUUCCGCCGAUCAGGAGGCCAUCACUCACGUUUGGUCUCUAUUCUCAGCUGCUCCAGCGAAACAUCGUGACUUGAUGCUGCAGGGAAUUAUUACACAAUGCUGCUUCCCGCAACUCUCUACAGUAUCACGCGAAGUCCAGGAGCAGCUCAAGAUUGAUUUCCUUGCUGCACUACCUACCGAACUCUCCUACAAGAUCCUAUCCUACCUCGAUACAGUAUCUCUCUGCAAAGCCGCCCAGGUCAGCCGUCGAUGGCGAAGCCUUGCCGAUGACGAUGUGGUCUGGCAUCGUAUGUGCGAACAACAUAUUGACCGCAAAUGCACAAAGUGCGGUUGGGGCCUGCCCUUGCUCGAAAAGAAAAAACUUCAGGCGUGGAGCCGCCAUCAACAAAACCACCGACAACCGAAUGCCGCCGACGUGGUUGAGAUCGACGACGAGGCUGAGACACAAGUUGGCGAAUCACGAAAGCGCCAGGCCACCGACGAUGAACACGAAGAUUGCGAUCGAUCUUUCAAGCGCUCCAGAGCGAACCCCGGAAGCAAUGGAAGUUUCGAUAAGACCAUCAAAGUGUGGAACUGGCAGACGGGAGAGUGCUUGAAUACACUUCAAUGCCAUAAUGAGGGUGUGCUGUCAAUCCACUACGAUGGCUGUACCGUGGCAUCAGGCUCCAUCGAUAAGACAAUCAAGGUGUCCAGCUUCAAGACCAAAGAAACAUUUUGUCUCCGAGGCCAUACCGACUGGGUUAACCAUGUACGCAUGGACUCACCCUCUCGUGUUGUCUUUUCUGCAUCCGAUGAUCUCUCGGUCAAGCUCUGGGAUAUCGAGACCAGGCAAUGCAUCAAGACAUUCCUUGGUCAUGUUGGCCAGGUCCAGCAAGUUCUUUUGAUGCCUGCAGAUUUUGAGCCCGAUGAGGUGCCCAGCUUGGACAACACCGACACUGUCUCAGUAUCCAGUGGCCGAAGCAACACUCCUCCUGCAGAGCCCUCGGAACAAACUGUGGAUGCCCGAGCGUCAUAUGGCUCGGGUUUCACCUCCGAUCCCGACCGACCCCUUCCCCCACGCUAUAUGCUCACUGGCGGACUUGACAACACUGUUCGCCUGUGGGACACUGUUAAUGGCAAGUGUAUCCGCAGUAUGUUUGGCCACGUGGAGGGCAUUUGGGGCCUUGUUGGUGAUACUCUCCGAGUUGUCACUGGCGCUAAUGACUCCAUGACCAAGAUCUGGGAGCCUCGUUCUGGAAAAUGUGAGCGCAGCUUCACUGGCCACGCUGGUCCCGUCACUUGUGUUGGUCUUAGCGACAGCCGUAUGGCAAGUGGUAGCGAAGAUGGCGAGGUCCGCAUAUACAGCUUUGAGGGCGAGCGUGUUGAAGAACGCGGCACCCCUUCAUGA